UGCAUCUGAAGUGCAUCUCAUUACCGCACUUUUGGAAUAUUGAGCAUGGGAUCCUUGAGGAGAUGUAGGACCAACAUGAAAUGAUACUCCUCCCUAUUACGACUUUACGAGAGAGAGAGAGAGAGCAAUGGCAACUCCCGGGAAAUGCUUCCUUGUCACCGGUCCUCCUGUAAGUGAAAAUGAAAUUCCGACAAAUGAGAACACUGGUACCCGGUUUCAGUGUCUCGUGAACCUGAACAGGCAAGCAGUUUUUUCUUAUUGUUGUUGUCUUUUGCCCUCUUGUUCAUUUUUUCAGGGAGUUGGGAAAACCACCCUGGUGAUGAGAGUGUUGGAGAGAAUUAGAACCACAAACCCUAACUUGAAGGUUCAAGGAUUCUACACGCGUGAAGUUAGACAAGGGACUGAGAGGGUGGGUUUUGAGGUGGUAACGUUAGAUGGGCGAAAGGGACCCCUUGCAUCUACUACAAAUUCAAGUCCAGAGUCUCUCAGAUGGCCUAAUGUGGGGAAGUACAGAGUGGAUGUAGCAUCAUUUGAAUUGUUGGCAUUGCCAGAGUUACAGAUUAAAGAAGACACUGAUCUCUUCAUCAUUGAUGAAGUUGGUAAGAUGGAGUUGUACAGUUCAUCUUUCUUCCCUGCAGUGCUAAAGGUUCUGGAAUCCAAUAUCCCAGUCUUGGCAACCAUACCCAUUCCAAAGUUCGGCCGUGACAUACCUGGAGUUGCAAGGUUGAGGAACCAUCCAGGAGCAACUAUAUUUACACUAAACCCAAGUAACAGGGACACCAUGAAGGAGCAGAUUUACACCAAACUGGUUGCCUUGCUGCAUAAGCACUAAAUACCUGCAAGCCUUGAUUGAAACUUCUCGAAUAGCCUGUUAUAAGUCAAGGAAGUUUAUGUAAAUCAAGGAGGAUUCCUUCAUUAGCUGACUAGCGUUCUAAAUCAACUAAAGAGUAAAGGGGAAGAAGGUUCUAUGGUUUACAUGGUACGUCCACAACGCUAAAAUAAAUCAUCUAGUUGAGUUUUCAGGGUUUCUCUUUUCCAGUUUUUCUUUGUUUUUAUUUUUUAUGACUUACGAAUUGUAACAUCUAGGCUAUGAUACAUCAUCAACCCUUGCAUGUCCUGUUACUUGGCCCUGUUGAAGAAGUGUGCUAUCUCAAUGCAAUCAGAGGUGGUUGUUUCAAUCUUGAUUUUGUGUGGUUAUCGAGUAAGGAGGUUCAAAGGCGUAAUCCAUCAGCUGGAUAAACUUGAUUGAUGAAGUUGCCCGAUCAUAGAAAAUAUGGUAGAUUUUGCAUUCAGUAAUAUUUUUAAAAAUUCUCCACGAGUCUAGUUGGUCAGCUUACUAGUUACUACUUUCUGAUCCAACCCACCCACCUAUUUACGUACUAUUUAGCGGCUUGUGUUUGGGUUAACAGGUGGGUGAAUGGAUUUGGUGAGAGUUACACAUUGAGUGUACUAUAUCCAAGGUUUAAAGUAUCAAUGUGCAAUUAUGUAUUUGCCGAUAUGGGCCGACAUAUAUUGCUUUUUGAGGUUUUUGGAUAUUUGACACAGGUGUAAUGGGCCUAAUGGCCAAACUCAAUUUCAUUGCACUAGUAUUUACAGAAUUGACUGA